GGCCUGCGGUAGGAAGGCGGGAGAAGGUGCGGAAGUGGGGCAGAAGAGUGGAACAGAGACAGGUCACGGAAAGGCCCAAGGAAGGACGCCAAAAAGAAGUUGGGGGAGGGGCAGGGCCGUGUAUUAGCAUUCCCGUCUCCAUGGUGACUGAUGGAACGCUGCGUGUCUUCCCCUCCCUCCCGUAAAAGACCCAGGGCGCAAGCGCGGCCCAGUCGUCAGAGCGACUCGGUGCGGAGCGGGCGGGGAUGGCGCAUUACAAGGCCACGGACUCUAAGCGAGAGCAGUUCCGCCGCUACCUGGAGAAAUCCGGGGUGCUGGACACGCUCACCAAAGUGUUGGUAGCCCUAUAUGAAGAGCCAGAAAAACCAAACAAUGCACUGGACUUUCUGAAGCAUCAUAUAGGAGCCGCAGCUCCAGAAAAUCCAGAAGUAGAGGCCCUUCGCCUGGAAGUGGCAGAGAUGAAAGAAAAAUACGAAGCUGUGUUGGAAGAAAACAAAAAACUAAAAGCAAAGCUGUCUCAGUAUGAACCACCUCCAGAAGAGAAGCGUGGUGAAUAGGAAUGCUUUCACCUUUUGGUUACUUAACUGAAUAAAGGGCUUAAUCAGAA